UCUUGUUGGGUUCAAAUUGAACCAAUUUGACCAAUUGGCUGCAAAUUAGAUCUGGAGGUUUAGUUGUUUUCGUUUUGGCGAAGAGAGAGUAAGUAGUAGAGAGAAUGGCCGAGGCAGUUGUUUCCUUUGUGCUCGAAAGUGUCAGAGACUUCACCAUUCAGGAAGCCAAGUUCUUGUCCGGAGUCAGCCAACAAGCUGAGGUCGUACAAACUGAGCUACAAUUGAUGCAGGGCUUCCUCAAAGAUGCAGAUGCAAGACAAGGACAAGAUGAAACAGUCCGUAUUUGGGUUGCCAAGAUUAGAGAUGCUGCUUAUGAUUUGGAGGAUGUCAUCCAAACUUAUGGCUUGAAAGUGGUUUCCAAGAAGAAAAGAGGUGUGAAGAAUGUUUUGAGAAGAUUUGCCUGCAUCUUCAAUGAAGGGGUUGAUGUUCACAGGAUUGGGAAAGAAAUUGAGAAUAUCACCACCAGAAUUUCUGAGUUGAGGUCGAAUUUGCAGAAGUAUAACAUAAAGGAACUAACAACGGACAGAGACGGUAAUGAUGGUGAAUCUUCCUUCCAAUUGCAAGAGAGGCUAAGGAGAACUCGUUCUCAUGUUGUUGAAUGUGAUGUUGUUGGGUUAGAGUCCAACGUUGAAGAAUUGGUUAUGCAUUUAGUGAAAGAUGAAAAUCGUCAUCGAGUUGUAUCUAUUUGGGGUAUGGGCGGUUUAGGGAAGACCACCCUUGCAAGACAGCUUUAUCAUAACAAAAAAGUAAGGCAACAUUUUCAUAGUUUUGCUUGGGUCUGUGUAUCUCAACGUUUUCAAGUAAGAAAUGUUUGGGAAGGAAUUUUAAUUGAGCUCAUUUCUGCAACCAAGGAACAAAAACAAGAAAUUAAGGACAUGACAGAUGAUGAAAUAGCAAAGAAGCUUUUCCUUGUUCUGCAAGAAAUGAGAUGUUUGGUGAUACUUGAUGACAUAUGGAGAAUCGAGACAUGGAAUCUUUUGAAGGAUGCAUUUCCAAAUGUGAAAACAGAGAGCACAAUAUUGCUUACAACACGCAAUCAAGCAGUAGCUUUGCCCUCGAAUAGAAGUGCUUUUCUCCACGAACUCCAGGCACUAAAUGAGAAAAAGAGCUGGGAACUAUUUGAGAAGAUAGCAAUAUCUGGAAGGGCUGAUAUCGAUUUGGGAAUUUUCACAAAGAAGAGAGAAUUAGGAAUGAAGAUGCUUCGACACUGUGCAGGCUUGCCAUUAGCCAUUAUUGUGCUUGCCGGAGUUCUAGCAAGAAAAAACACCGUUAGAGAGUGGGAGAGAGUGCAUGAGAAUGUUCAUGAAUACAUAAGGAGAGGGAUAGGUCAUGAAGAAGAAUAUGAAGGUGCAUCAUGGGUUUUGGCAUUGAGUUAUGAUGACCUACCGUAUUACUUAAAACCAUGUUUUUUAUAUUUAGGUCAUUAUCCUGAAGACUCUGAGUUUUUGGUGAGCGAAUUGACGAAGUUAUGGGUGGCAGAAGGUCUUAUCUCCUUAAGACAACAAAGACAUGGUUCGAGGGAAACAAUGGAGGAUAUAGCACAUGAUUACUUAAGUGAGUUGGUGGAAAGGUGUUUGGUUCAAGUGAGAACAAGUGGUUCAACUGGAACAAUUAAAGGUUGUCGAAUCCAUGAUCUUGUACGAGACAUGUGUUUGUUAAAGGCAAAAGAGGAAAGCUUUCUCCAGAUUAACAAUUCUUUGCAAGAAAAUAAUUCUUCUGUGGCAGCCGAGGCAGCACAAUUGGGGAAAAUUCGAAGACUUGCAAUUUACUUGGAUGAGAAGGCAGAUAGGUUGGUUUCUUCAAGAGAUGAAACAAAUGGGCACGUAAGGUCUCUUUUAUACUUUUUUCCACAAGGAUGGAUGCCAAGAAAUAUAGAAGGAUUACUAUCUCCUUUGAAGGAUUUCAAAGUGCUUAGAGUUUUGAAAGUUGAAUGUCUUAAUCAAGUAGAAGUUGAGUUGCCAAGUGAAAUUGGAAAUAUGGUACACUUACGGUUUCUAAGUGUGAAGUGGAGCGAUAUAAAAAAGUUUCCGCCAUCCCUAGGUAAUUUAGUAUGCUUGCAAACUCUUGAUUUUCGUGUUUCAAAUUAUGUCGCUGUGGUCAUCCCAAAUGUGAUAAUGAAGAUGAAACAAUUAAGACAUUUAUAUUUACCGAGGAAUUACAGAGCAAAGGGUAAGCUGGAGCUGUCUACUUUUGGCCAUCUACAGACCUUAUAUAACCUUUCAAGUGAGUAUUGUGAUUUGAAAGAUGUUGGCAGAUUAACCAAUCUUAGAAAACUGGUGAUAAUAGUGUCAAGCACUUUGCAAAAUAUGGAGGAAAUCUUAAAAUCUACGGGCAACACGCUUAACCGUAUUCGGUCUCUACUUGUGUUUGUGGACAAACAAUAG